UUACUCGGCCCCAGCCGGUGAUUACUCACCAGCACCAGGUGAUCGCUGAGUAAUACCAAAGGGGGAGAGAACUGUGUGUAAACAAUACAGUUCUCUCCCCUGUCAGCUCCAGAACACUGCUUUGUAUGGCUCUGCAUAGCAGAGCCAUACAAAACAACACAGCUCCAUAGUAAAACAAACACAGCACACAGUUAACCCUUUAUUUGUCCCAGAUGUUAACCCCUUCCUGCCCAGUGCCAUUAGUACAGUGUCAGUGCUUUUUAUUAGCACUGAUCACUGUAUUGGUGUCACUGGGGAUGUCAGUGAUACCAAUUCAGUUCCCCCCAGUGUCAGAAUGCCCGCCACAGUCCCACAGUUCCGCUAUAAUGUGCUGA